AUGAACCAGGAUUACUUUUUGACACAACACAAAACCACAACAAAAACAUUCCCGAUUGCGUCACAAGAAGGAGACGACAGCAGCCCGUCCCCUCCCGGCACCCAGCCCCCACCACCGCACCUCACCCAGGCCACCAGGGGGACACUCCAGCUGCCCCAUCCAGUGACAGCCCCUCCCCCCUCCCUCCCUCCCCCCACCACGCACACCCUCACACUCUCCGCUGCCACCCGGGAGCCGGACACAGUCUGGCCCCGGCACACGGCACACAAGGAGCUCGGCAGCGGCAGCAGCGGUGCAGGCUCACCCUCGGGAAGCAGCGCCACAGUGCCCGAGGCACCGCACGUCCUGGCGGCGCCGCCAAACCUCCGAGCAAUAAAUAGAAGCAACAAGCCGGGGCAUGGGAGUGUCCUCGCCUCUCACUCUCACUCUCACCUCUCACCUCUGGGGCUGCUAACAAGUCGGUCUCCAGGAACUUUGUGUGCUCAACUCAUGAACCGGCCCUUGCAGUCCUCCACGUAG